UUGGGCCCCCGCGGCGUGACGCGAGCACGGCGGCUCCGCCCCCUGCGUCUCUGGCCUCGCUGGCCUUGGGGGGAUGGUUUCAUCAUGGCGUCAAUGCAGAAACGACUACAAAAAGAACUGUUGGCUUUGCAGAAUGACCCACCUCCUGGGAUGACGUUAAAUGAAAAGAGCGUUCAGAACUCAAUCACACAGUGGAUCGUAGACAUGGAAGGUGCACCAGGUACCUUAUAUGAAGGAGAAAAGUUUCAACUUCUGUUUAAGUUUAGUAGUCGAUAUCCUUUUGACUCUCCUCAGGUCAUGUUUACUGGUGAGAAUAUUCCUGUCCAUCCUCAUGUGUAUAGCAAUGGUCAUAUCUGUUUAUCCAUUCUAACAGAAGACUGGUCCCCAGCGCUCUCAGUCCAGUCAGUCUGUCUUAGCAUUAUUAGCAUGCUUUCCAGCUGCAAAGAAAAGAGACGACCGCCAGAUAAUUCCUUUUAUGUGCGAACAUGUAACAAGAAUCCAAAGAAAACAAAAUGGUGGUAUCAUGAUGAUACUUGUUGAUGCCACUGUUAUCAUCCUCGUAGCAGAAGAUAGUCCUACUGAGAAAAUGAGCACUUUGAUCAUUCAGUCUUUGAACUUUAACCUUUGACUGGAAGUGACCUAUAGGCAAUGAAGACUACUUCCUUUUACUGCAUUUUUACUCGUGUGCAUUCUGGGCGCAUGUUGAUCGCUGGCUCAGUCCAGGCAACUGACAUGCUUUAUUAGUCAUACAGUAUUAAUGCAGGCGUCAGGAAAUGUCAAAUAUAAUUCCAUUUUUUAUUUUUAUUUUUUUAAGCUUUUGGAAAAGUUCCAGGUCCUCAUGUAUUGUGCAAUAACAGUGACUUCCUCGGUGGUCUGGGGACGUUCAUUGCCGGCAAUGGACGUUGUAACAGGAAGAAUUUUCUUAACUCCUGCCACUUGGUGAUUAAUGCAUGAUAGGGCCUAUGAAAUGAAUUUAUCGGUUAUCGUGGGAUUAGAAAGGAAGUGAGGGAUCCAACAUUAUAUUGAAAGUCACCCCAACUCUUUAUAUUUGGAUUCUAUGCACUGUGAUCCUAAGGCUAACAGCAUGAAAUAACAUGCAUCUUUAAAGGACCGUAAGAAAGAUCAUUGUGUAUUUAUUUAAUUGUUUAUAUCUGCUGUCAAAUUGUUUUGACAUGGAAAUUUUCAAGGAACAUUGGCAGAGAGGUACAAUAUGUUAUCCCUAUGGUGAAAAUAAAUUCAUUUGUUGUAUAUAGUCCUCAAUCUCUGAAGUGAAGGUGUGAAUAAUAUAGGGUGUGAAUGGUUUAACCAAGGCUUUAUUUUGGAAGUAAAAAGUUGGCAGUGAUGCUUAAAUUACUGCCACCCAUCAUUUGGGCCUGUUUUUUUUUUCCCCCAAGUAUAUUACACUCUGUUACUUCCUGCUAGCCAUCAGCAUGAGCCCUACUGCCUAAACACUAUUUCAUUUAUUUAUGUUUGGAAAUCCAUAAACAUUUUUGUUUGUAAUCUUGUUUCUUUUGUUACAUUUUAAGUUGUUUGAAUGUUACAGUACUUUAAUUGAAAGACUUUUGUCAAGUUUUUUUCUUGUAAAUUUUCUUUACUUGUAUCAUCUUGUCCUUCAAUCCUGUACCCUAAAAUGAGAAAUACAUUUUUGACAGAGGCUUAAUGUUUUAACAAAAGAGUGUGGACAUUUUUAUUUUAAGAUUUUGACAAAAGAACACCAUAAAAUGAUAUGUUUGCAGAUUUGUCUCACACAACCAUACAGGUUUUCUUGGAAGAAUUUGUUUUAUUUGUUGAAAAGAUUUUGCUUACCGCUAGAUGAAGUUUUUCUGUCUGUCAUCUGUACUUGUCUAUCUGUCUAUAUCUAAUCUAUAAGAUGGUUGUUGGAAAGAUUCCAUUCUAAGUACCAUGUACCAUGUAAGUUAAUGAUGCUACAACUAGGUCUUUUUAAGAAUCAAUUAAUGUAUUUUAUAAAUUACCUUUUCACAUAUGCAAGCUCUGUUUCUAUGACAAUGUCAUUUUUACUAAUGCCUUACUGUUGCACUCUUCGAAUAUCCUGCAGUGACUCUAUUCAUCGAUUGGGGCUUAAAAACUAAAGCCAGUUGGCCGAAAGGUCUGACAUAUGUACCCCUAAGAUCAUCCAGCUGAUGAUUGGGAAAGAAUAUUUUAAAAAUUGUUUUUAAUCUCUGUGUAGAUGACAUUUUGUAGCUUUGUACAUGUUGUUAAUUAAGGGCAUAUAAUUUUACACUCUAAAAGAUAACUGCUGAACUCAGGGGUGGGUAGACUUCAAAAAUAUGUCUGCUGUAGAAAUAACUUGAAAAAAAAUUAAAAUUAUGGCCAGCCACCAAAUUGUGGAGCCUGUUUAUACUGCUAGGUAGCAAUGGUCAUUUGUUAAAGAUUGUAAUCAUUUUCUUCUGUCGACUGGAUGUGCAUGAGUUCUCCCGGUGAUCAUCGUUAGUUUUAUUAGUUGGCCUAUUUAAGACAAAAAAAAUCUUUAAAUUCUUAGUUUUCCACUGCUUUUAAUAUGGAAUUAUAGCUCUAAAUUAGGUGUUCCCAUAUUUUAUGUCGCUGCUCUAAAAUACUAAAUAGCUUGAUUUUUUUCAGGGUAGGGUGGGGCAAGACGGGGAGCUUUUCUGUGUUCGUAGUCCUCUUACUAAAAUCCUCCCAUGGGAAGUGAACUGUGAUGCUUAUUCACCAAAGGAAUCGAUACGCCAGGCCAGGCAUUAGCAGUGCAGUAGCAUCAGGUGCCAGCUUGAGUUGUCUUUACGACAGUGUUUUAAUAUACCUCUGUAUGUACAGAUCUAGAACACGGAUUCAGUGUUUUAAUAUACCUCUGUAUGUACAGAUCUAGAACACGGAUUCAGUGUUUUAAUAUACCUCUGUGUGUACAGAUCUAGAACACAGAUUCAGUGUUUUAUGCCUCUGUGUGUACAGAUCUAGAACACAGACUCAGUGUUUUAAUAUACCUCUGUGUGUACAGAUCUAGAACACAGACUCACUGUUUUAAUAUACCUCUGUGUGUACAGAUCUAGAACACAGACUCUGUUUUAAUAUACCUCUGUAUGUACAGAUCUAGAACACAGACUCAGUGUUUUAAUACCUCUGUACGUACAGAUCUAGAACACAGACUCAGUGUUUUAAUGUACCUCUGUGUGUACAGAUCUAGAACACAGAUUCAGUGUUUUAUGCCUCUGUAUGUACAGAUCUAGAACACAGACUCAGUGUUUUAUACCUUUGUAUGUACAGAUCUAGAACACAGAUUCAGCGAGAUGGACGGAAAGAGUGGAAACCAGACAAUUUUUGUUUACUUUUGGUUCCAAGUGAAGAAACAAGGAAUAUAUAUCUAAAAUAUAGGAACAUCAACUAUUAAUAAAUAAUAAUCAGAUUAAUACUACUCCCUUGAAUUUAGGAGUCAUUGAAAAUUCUUUUACACUUGCAUUUGUUUGACAUUAUUAAAGAUGUAAGAUGUGUAUCUGGGUCAUUGUUCAGGUGAGGGAAAAUUGUGGCUUCAAUAAAACAAAUAUUUUGCUGUAACAUUAUUGAAAGAGAACCAGGAUUACAAGAAAUUUAUAUGAGGUACUCUGAGCUCAUUUCCUCCUCCCUGAAUUCCCGCCAUUGAGUACUAACCUGCAACAUUAUAUUUUACACUUAAAGUCUGUGUCUGUCUGUCUGUCUCUCCCUCCAGCGUUUUAAACACUUGUGACCCACGCAGCUCCUUGUUUCUGCAGUUAUGAACUUGGUGCCCUUAUGAAUAAAGACAAAUGCUAUAGUCUUAAUGGAGAAAGUUAUUUUCAGUUUUGUGGGAAAAUUUUGUAAAGAUGCAGUUUGUUGUUCUCUUCAGAAGUCAAUAUUUACUGCUAAAAUCGUAUAAUGUGUAAUUAUUGGUGUAGCCAGCGGGAAAGAGCAUUUUUCAAGCCCUGGGAGAAAGGGAUGGCACUUUUAUGUGGUCAGCAGUCCGGGGGAGAAGGGCGGUGAUCCUUGUUCCUUCGAGUGGGUGUAGAGGAGUAACUAGGGUGCUUUACUGUUUCUCCUUCUGACUUUAAAUAUAUGCAAACACACACAUAUCAUUAGUUUCCUGCAAUGGUUAGUAAUUUUUUGAGAUUCUAAAACAGAUACCUAGUGACUGGUUUGUUCCAUUAAAGAUAAAUUGGCAGUAAUAGAAAUGAUUAGUGAUACAACAGUGGCAUGUAGAUAAGUUAUUUCUGGUAAUGGAAUCUUUUAAAAAACCCUAUUGUUUUUGAGAAUUGCAAUGUUUAAAACUUGUUAAAACUUUUUAGAAGAGUAGAAGAGGAGGUACUGUGUAUUCAAAGGUUGGUUUUAUUUUUAUUA